GAGAGAUUGGUUGGGGUCCGUUGUCAUCCUCCAGAUAAAACCCAUCAAAACCCACACUCCACGCUCUGUAAUCCAAAGAGGGUGAUUGAUAUGGGGAUACUAACACUGCCACUGGUGACCUCCCUUCUCAGACCCAAUAAAUCCAAAUUUUCUCUUCUAUUCACCACCACUAUCCACCAUCAUCACCGCCGUACCAUCUUACACCACCUCCCUAUACGAACCCGUUUCAGCAGCGCCACCACCCCUCUCUGUUCUUUCACAAAUUAUGCACUUACUCAACAUGAUCACCCUUCAUUGACGACAGAAGAUUCAAAUUCAAAUGCAGAGGAACGGCCAAUUAAAGUUUCUAUACCCACUUUUCAACAAGCCAUUCAACGUCUCCAGGAGUACUGGGCAUCUGUUGGAUGUACCAUAAUGCAGUGCAGCAAUACAGAGGUUGGAGCUGGGACUAUGAAUCCCUUAACAUUUCUAAGGGUCCUUGGUCCAGAGCCAUGGAAUGUUGCGUAUGCAGAGCCAAGUAUCCGUCCAGAUGACAGUCGUUAUGGUGAAAACCCUAAUAGGCUUCAACGUCAUACUCAAUUCCAGGUUAUAUUAAAGCCUGAUCCUGGAAAUUCACAAGACCUCUUUAUCAGAAGUCUAUCAGCUCUAGGUAUUGAUGUCAAUGAGCAUGAUAUUCGAUUUGUGGAAGACAAUUGGGAAAGCCCGGUGCUUGGUGCUUGGGGAUUGGGUUGGGAAAUAUGGAUGGAUGGAAUGGAAAUUACACAGUUUACUUACUUCCAACAGGCUGGAAGUCUUCAGUUGAUGCCAGUAUCUGUUGAGAUCACCUAUGGCCUUGAGCGCAUCCUAAUGUUACUUCAGGGAGUUGAUCAUUUCAAGAAAAUCCAAUAUGCUGAUGGAAUUACUUAUGGGGAGCUCUUCUCUGAGAACGAGAAAGAAAUGAGUGCAUAUUAUCUAGAACAUGCCAGUGUUGACCAUAUUCAAAAACACUUUGACUUUUUCGAGGCAGAAUCACGUGCUUUGCUUGAUUUAGGCCUUGCAAUACCUGCGUAUGAUCAGCUUCUCAAGACAUCUCAUGCCUUUAAUAUAUUAGAUGCUAGAGGCUUUGUUGGGGUAACAGAACGUGCUCGUUAUUUUGGGCGGAUGCGCAGUUUAGCUCGACAAUGUGCCCUGCUUUGGUCGAAUACAAGAGAGUCACUUGGAUAUCCAUUAGGUGUUAUUUCUCAAGCUAAUAACCUUGUUGUUCCCAAUGAGGUUAUAGAAUCAGAAGCCAAAAAGGUUUCUGAUGAACCAAGAUUGUUUCUUCUUGAGAUUGGGACAGAAGAGUUACCACCAAAUGAUGUUGCUAGUGCAGGGCAGCAACUCAAAGAUCUAAUUGUCCAAUUACUUGGAAAACAAAGGUUGACUCAUAGUGAAAUUUCUGUAUUUGGCACCCCGAGGAGACUUGUGAUUAGUGUUGAGAAUCUAUGCUCUAAGCAAGUGGCAAAUGAAGUUGAGGUUCGAGGACCUCCAGUUUCAAAAGCUUUUGAUAAUCAAGGAAAUCCAACUAAGGCAGCAGAAGGGUUUUGUCGUAGAAAUUCCGUAACAGUGGACUCAUUGUAUAAAAAAACAGAAGGCAAGACAGAGUAUGUUUAUGUUCGUGUGAUGGAGUCUGCACAGCUUGCUCUGGAGGUUUUAUCAAAAGAGUUACCUGGUGCAAUUAGUAAAAUAUCAUUUCCAAAGUCCAUGCGUUGGAACUCCGAGGUCAUAUUUAGCCGACCUAUUCGUUGGAUUUUGGCACUUCAUGGAGAUGCAUUUGUUCCUUUUUCAUUUGCUGGUAUUUUAAGUGGUAACGUUUCUCAUGGUCUCCGUAAUACAAAAUCAUCUACAAUCACGAUUGAUAGUGCAGAGUCUUAUGCUACUCUAAUGCAACAAGCUGGAAUUUCUGUUGACACUGAGGAACGGAAGAAAAUAAUUCUAGAACGUUCCAACCAUUUGGCAAAAAGUGUUAAUGGAUGUCUUGUGAUGAAAACUAGUUUACUUGAUGAGGUUGUAAACCUUGUUGAGGCACCUGUUCCUGUCCUUGGAAAAUUCUCAGAGUCUUUUCUAGUGCUCCCUAAAGAUCUUUUAAUAAUGGUUAUGCAGAAGCAUCAAAAGUACUUCGCCUUGACAGACAAUGAGGGAAACCUCUUACCAUAUUUCAUUGCUGUUGCAAAUGGAGCAAUUAGUGAGUCAGUUGUUGCGAAAGGAAACGAGGCUGUACUCAGAGCUCGAUAUGAAGAUGCUAAAUUCUUUUACGAAUUAGACACUAGUAAAAGGUUUUCAGAGUUUCGGGGUCAAUUAAAUGGAAUUCUUUUCCAUGAGAAACUUGGAACAAUGGAGGACAAAAUGAUACGUGUGGAGAGUACAAUUAGUGAACUAGGGUUAGCUCUAGGGUUAACUGAAGAUAAGUUCCCGAUUAUUCAGGAAGCUGCAUCACUUGCCAUGUCAGACCUCUCGACAGCUGUCGUUACAGAGUUCACUUCACUAUCAGGAAUAAUGGCACGACACUAUGCUCUUCGUGAAGGAUACUCACAAGAGGUCUCAGAGGCGUUGUUUGAGAUCACACUCCCUCGAUUUUCUGGUGAUAUUCUCCCGGAAACCGAUGCAGGGACUGUAUUGUCAAUUGCAGACAGAUUAGAUAGCCUAGUUGGUUUGUUUGGAGCAGGAUGUCAACCGAGCUCAACUAAUGACCCUUUUGGUCUACGAAGAAUCUCAUAUGGUCUUGUCCAAGUGUUGGUAGAAAAAGAUAGAAACUUGGACUUACAACAUGCUUUGAAAGUUGCUGCUUCUGUGCAAUCUUUGAAAAUAGAUGCUGUAACAAUACGCGAGGUGCAUCAGUUUGUGACACGGAGACUUGAGCAAUUUCUGGUUGAUAAGGGAAUAAACCCUGAAGUGGUUCGUGCAGUUUUAUUAGAGCGUGCAAAUUGGCCUAAUUUGGCAGCAAAAUCUGCAUACAAAAUGGAUGUGUUGUCACGAGGUGAGGUUUUGCCAAAAGUGGUUGAAGCAUAUUCUAGGCCAACAAGAAUUGUUCGUGGAAAAGAUGUGGAUGUUGACACACAGGUGGAUGAAGCAUUGUUGGAGACGAAUGAAGAGAAAGCUUUAUGGAGCACUUUCUUGUCUAUCAGAAGCAAAAUACAUCCGGGUAUUGAAGUAGAUGAUUUUGUGGAAAUCUCUUUGCAACUAGUUGAGCCACUAGAAGAUUUUUUCACCAAUAUUUUUGUCAUGGUGGAGGAUGAAAAGAUCAGGAAUAACAGACUUGCACUGCUUAGAGAAAUUUCUCAACUCCCAAGAGGAAUAGUUGACCUUUCAGUUUUGCCUGGAUUUUGAUUUUGACCUUUUUUUUUUGGUUUCUAUUUACAGGGCUCCAACUUUUAUAAUUUAUCACAUGCUGUCAUUGUUUGUACUUUGUACACCAUGAGUUGGUGAUUAUUGUCUGGAUACAAUACACGGAUCUUUCUUUUGUAAAAUCUCAUAUCAUAAGAGUGUUCUUUUGUUAUAAUAUAAAUAUAUUGUAGGAAUAUUUGGAAAGUAUAUCCAAUGGUGAUAUAAAAAAAAAUAACUCGAUUUAA